AUGGUAUCAGACUUAAAUCCUAUGGUUCCAUCCACUUCCGUAACUCAAUCGAAUAACCUUGCACCGCAAAUCAUAGUCCAACAGGACAAUUCUGUUUUUCCCACUGGGAUAGUUCUUGACGAAACGAAUUAUCCUUUAUUGUCACAGGUAAUGGAGAUGCGUAUUGGAGCAAGAAACAAAGUUGGAUAUCUUACCGGCGAAUUGACCAAACCAUCACCAACUGAUCCAACGUAUGGCACAUGGAUCACCAAAAAUCACAAAGUUCGAAGUUGGCUUAUUGAUUCAAUAAGCCCGCAUCUGAUGCAAAGAUUUAUUCGCCUGGCAACCGCUCAAGAGAUAUGGGAAGCUGCUUCAAAAACAUUCUAUGAUGGAUUGGAUGAGACUCGCUUGUUUGAACUGAAUCAACAAUCUUUCACUGCCAAGCAGAAUAGUCGACCUUUGUCUACCUAUUAUAACGAACUCAUUGCAAUUUUUCAAGAAUUUGACCAUCGGACAGCUUCACAAGAGAGAUCAGUGGAAGGGAUUGUACAGUUACAUUCCGUGGUGGCUAGGCUUCGAGUUCACAUAAUUCUAAGUGGACUUGAUUUGGAAUUUGAUCAAGUUCGUGGUGAGAUUUUGCGAAAAGAUCCAAAAUUGGAUUUGGAAAGCUGUUAUGCGUAUGUAAGGAGAGAAGCACAACAAAGACAAAUCAUGGGAAGUUCUAGACCAGUCCUGAAAGUUCAGCCAUGGUGGUUCAACGUGAUACACAAAAGAGUCGAAGUAUUUCAUCAUCUGGAAAAACAAAUAACUUUGUUUGCAAUCAUUGUGGUGAAAAAGGGCACACCAAAUAGCGCUGCUUUGAGAUUAUUGGAUAUCCAGAAUGGUGGGAUUUUUCAAAAAAACCACGAAAGAACUUGA